AUGGCUCUGCCAACUCCAGUAUUGAUCAAAGACUCCGACCUCACGGACUGGGUUUCGAUCGGCUCUGGGGGGUUUGGAGAAAUCUACAAAGCCAAGCAUCCGCUGUGGGACUACGACGUGGCCAUUAAGCUGCUUCAUAACGAUGGCGGGACCCGGUCAUCUUUGAUGCGGGAGGUCAAAAUGAUGCGUCGAGGAAGAAGCGAGUAUGUUAUGCAGGUCCUCGGCGUCUUCAUUGGUCAAUCGCCGAAAUCUGGAUCAUCAGAACAGCUGGGUCUGGUCCUGAAGUACAUGGAGAAAGGAUCUCUGGAGUCUCUACAGAAAACUUUCGACAGAGUUCAACAGUUACCGCUGGUCUUCAGGCUGGCUCACCAGGUGGCUCUGGGGAUAAACUUCCUCCACACCCUCUCCCCUCCCAUCCUCCACCUGGACCUGAAGCCCAGCAACGUGCUGCUGGACUCGGAUCUCAAUGUCAAGCUCACAGAUUUUGGCCUUUCUCAGGCUAGUCAGACUCAGGCUCAGGUUUCCAAGAAGGAUUUUGGAGACGGGGAAGGGACGAUCAACUACAUGCCACCGGAGGCUUUUGACUUAAAUUACAAACCUUCACGAGCCUUUGAUAUCUACAGCUAUGGUAUCCUGCUGUGGUCCAUCGCCACAGGGGAACAGCCGUAUCCAUAUGCAACCCCCAGCCACGUGCUGCUCCUGAUCCCCAGGGGACAACGACCAUCACUGGACGAGCUCAGCAUCCGGGCUGCAGACCAGGCGGAGCUGAGAGGACUGAUGGAGCUCAUGGAAAAAUGCUGGAGGGGGAAGCCCACCAAAAGACCCUCAUCCUUGGAUUGUACAAAGAUCACAGAGAAACUGUAUCAGACGCAGAAACGUGGAAUUAUUGAUGCCGUCCAUGAAGUGCUGAAGAAACUGGAGCAGAGGGAACAAGACAAACUGACGGAGGAUCUUCAGUGGCUUCGCGUCACUCUGGCCAAAGGUCCUCCUAGAGAUGAAGCGAUGAAGAAUCAGGAUCAUGUGAAGACGGGACCUCCGCCCGUUCAGGAAGUGGCCCCCGAGAGGAUCUCAAAUCAAAGGGUCAAAGACCCGCCGGCCUCCCGACAAGCAAACGUGUGUGAUGGUGACUCGACCCGCUCGUCCACAGACGACCAUAAACCCAAAGCUUCCUCCCUUCAUCCCAUCGGUGAAUCUCCGACGCCUCCUUCCACCACGAGGUCACCUCAGGCCAGCGCAGCUAAGAAUCCCCCUCAACCGUUCCAGCGUCAGCUUUCCAGCCCGACUCCUUCUACGAUACAACCGACACCUUAUGUCUGCAACCACUGCGGCAACGAAAACACCCUGUACAUCUACUUGGAGCCAUCAGAGAGGAAGCAACAACCAACAGCGCCCUCUCCUGUCAACCCCCCAUCACCGCAUCCAGGAAGCAGCAAGAACAGUCAGAAACGCAUCACACCUCUCUUUAGCCGCGUCAGCAAAAAACAGGAGCCAAGUCCGAUCAUGUGGUUUUUAACGAGCUGUAGUCAGCAGAUAUCCCCGGUGGCAGCGCCGGGCACCAUCAGGCACAAAAACACGACUUAA